CUCGGAGCCCUCAGAGAGCCAACAAACGUCAGCCUCGACGUUUUCCCGCGAGAGCUAUUUAUUAAUACCCUGGAGCGGGAAGGGCUGAACUUCGGGUUAAAGUAUAGUUGUACCGCAGGGCUUCUACUUGGCACUUUUCACCGGAAGAGCGCCGUCGGGGUCAGGAUUCAGUGCUACAAGCAAGAUGCUCAAGUCCAAGACUUUCUUAAAAAAGACGCGGGCGGGCGGCGUGAUGAAGAUCGUGCGCGAGCAUUACCUGCGGGACGACAUCGGCUGCGGCGCGCCCGGGUGCGCGGCGUGCGACGGUGCUCAUGAGGGGCCAGUCCUCGAGCCGCAGCCCCUGGAUCCGGCGAGCAGCCUGUGCCCCCGACCACACUACUUGCUUCCGGACACCAACGUGCUACUGCACCAGAUCGAUGUUCUUGAGGACCCUGCCAUCAGGAAUGUGAUUGUACUACAAACAGUUCUGCAGGAAGUGCGAAAUCGGAGUGCUCCGGUAUAUAAGCGAAUCAGAGAUGUGACUAAUAACCAGGAGAAGCAUUUCUAUACGUUCACUAAUGAGCACCAUAGAGAAACUUAUGUAGAACAAGAACAGGGAGAAAAUGCUAAUGACAGGAAUGAUAGAGCCAUUCGAGUAGCAGCAAAAUGGUACAAUGAACAUUUGAAGAAAAUAUCAGCAGAAAAUCAUCUACAAGUUAUCUUUAUAACAAAUGACAAGAAAAACAAAGAAAAAGCCAUAGAAGAAGGAAUACCAGCUUUCACCUGUGAAGAGUAUGUAAAGAGCCUAACUGCUAACCCGGAGCUCAUAGAUCGUCUUGCUUGUUUGUCUGAAGAAGGGAAUGAAAUAGAAAGUGGAAGAAUAAUAUUUUCAGAGCAUCUUCCUUUAAGUAAGCUACAGCAAGGCAUAAAAUCUGGUACAUACCUUCAAGGAACAUUUAGAGCAAGUAGGGAAAAUUACUUAGAAGCUACAGUAUGGGUUCAUGGAGACACAGAAGACGAUAAAGAGAUAAUCUUACAGGGACUUAAGAAUUUAAACCGAGCUGUUCAUGAAGAUAUUGUUGCUGUAGAACUUCUUCCCAAGAAUCAGUGGGUGGCCCCAUCUUCUGUGAUUUUACACGAUGAAGGUCAAAAUGAAGAUGAUGUGGAAAAAGAAGAGGAAAGAGAAUGCCUUCUUAAGACUGCUGCAAAUGAAAAAAUGUUAAAGCCCACAGGUAGAGUUGUAGGAAUAAUAAAAAGAAAUUGGAGACCAUACUGUGGCAUGCUUUCCAAGUCUGAUAUUAAAGAGUCAAGAAGACAUCUCUUUACCCCUGCUGAUAGGAGAAUCCCUAGAAUUCGAAUAGAAACCAGACAGGCUUCUGCAUUAGAAGGAAGGAGGAUUAUUGUUGCCAUUGAUGGUUGGCCCAGAAAUUCCAGAUAUCCAAACGGACAUUUUGUAAAAAACUUAGGUGACGUUGGAGAUAAAGAGACUGAAACAGAAGUUUUGUUGCUUGAGCACGACGUUCCCCAUCAGCCUUUUUCACAGGCUGUUCUUAGCUUUCUUCCAAAGAUGCCCUGGAGCAUUACUGAAAAGGACAUGAAAAACCGAGAAGACCUGCGACAUCUGUGUGUUUGUAGUGUGGACCCUCCAGGAUGUACUGACAUAGAUGAUGCUCUACAUUGUAGAGAACUGGAAAAUGGAAAUUUGGAGGUUGGUGUUCAUAUUGCAGAUGUUAGCCAUUUUAUUAGGCCAGGAAAUGCUUUGGAUCAAGAGUCAGCCAGAAGGGGAACAACUGUUUAUCUUUGUGAAAAGAGGAUUGACAUGGUUCCAGAGUUGCUUAGCUCUAAUUUAUGUUCCUUAAGAUGUAACGUUGACAGGUUGGCAUUUUCGUGUAUUUGGGAAAUGAAUCACAAUGCUGAAAUCUUGAAAGUGAGGUUUACCAAAAGUGCCAUUAAUUCAAAGGCUUCCCUUACAUAUGCUGAAGCUCAGAUGAGAAUUGAUUCUGCAGCCAUGAAUGAUGAGAUUACCACUAGUCUCCGUGGACUAAACAAACUAGCUAAAAUUUUGAAAAAAAGAAGAAUUGAAAAAGGGGCUUUGACUCUUUCUUCUCCGGAAGUUCGAUUCCACAUGGACAGUGAAACUCAUGAUCCUAUAGAUCUGCAGACCAAGGAACUUAGGGAAACAAAUUCCAUGGUGGAAGAAUUUAUGUUACUGGCCAAUAUCUCUGUUGCAAAAAAAAUUCAUGAAGAAUUUUCAGAACAUGCCUUGCUUCGAAAACACCCAGCUCCUCCUCCAUCAAAUUAUGAAAUUCUUGUUAAGGCAGCUAAAUCCAAGAAUUUGGAAAUUAAAACUGAUACAGCCAAGUCUUUGGCUGACUCUUUGGACCGGGCGGAUUCUCCGACUUUUCCGUAUCUCAACACUCUCUUAAGGAUCUUAGCCACUCGCUGUAUGAUGCAGGCUGUGUACUUCUGCUCUGGAAUGGAUAACGAUUUUCAUCACUAUGGCUUAGCAUCGCCGAUAUACACACAUUUUACUUCACCCAUCAGAAGAUAUGCAGACAUCAUCGUCCAUCGAUUGUUGGCUGUGGCUAUUGGGGCUGACUGUACUUAUCCAGAGUUGACAGACAAACACAAACUUGCAGAUUUAUGUAAGAAUCUCAAUUUCCGGCACAAAAUGGCUCAGUAUGCCCAGCGUGCAUCAGUGGCUUUUCAUACCCAGUUGUUUUUCAAAAGCAAAGGAAUAGUAAGUGAAGAAGCCUAUAUUCUGUUUGUAAGAAAGAAUGCUAUUGUGGUGUUAAUUCCAAAGUAUGGUUUAGAAGGUACCGUCUUUUUUGAAGAAAAGGACAAACCAAAGCCAAGGCUUAUUUAUGAUGAUGAGAUACCUUCCCUUAAAAUAGAGGAUACAGUGUUCCAUAUAUUUGAUAAAGUUAAAGUGAAAAUCAUGCUAGACUCAUCCAAUCUUCAGCAUCAGAAAAUCCGAAUGUCCCUAGUAGAACCGCAGAUACCAGGAAUAAGCAUUUCGGCUGAUACUCCAAACAUGGACAUUGAUGAACCAGAGAGAAAGAAGAAGAAACGUGAGAAAUAGCUACCCUCAACAAAAAAACUUCAAAGACUGGUUUUCUUUAAAAAAAAAAAAAAAAAAAAAAAAAAAAAACCUUGAGAGAACACUUUUAAACCUCGGAAGUGUGUGAUACAGUUUGUUACUUUUAAAUACAUUAUAAUGGUUUUAAAAAUUUGCAUUUUUAUUGAACUGUUUGUUGACUGUGUCUGGCCCAUCAUGCUUGCUACUUCAUUUCUAGAUUGAACUGAACUAUUUAUGCAUAAAAAUUCAAUUGAAUAUCCAUCACUUAAAUAGUGACAAGAUAGCAACCUCAGGGAUCUGUAAAGAUCAUUUAAAUGGAGCAUUCGUCUGCUCACUAAAGAACAGAUUAAUUUUAUAUAAGUAAUUUGAUUAAUAUUGAUAGAAAAAAAAAAACCCUAUCAUUUUCCUAUGGAGGAAAAUAGAACAUUUUCAGAAGUCAGGAACAAUCUGUUCUUUCUAAGUCUUGAAAGAUGUCCAUGUUUGAUAUAGUAGUUUUUAGAUUUCAAGACAAUGACAUCAAGAUUUGUCAAGGAAUUCAGUCCUUUGCCAUCUUUAAUGUACCUAAUUUAUAUGAAGUGUUCCCUUACUGUUAAAAGCUUCCUGCAUUUUUAUUAGUGGUCCUGAACAGCUGUGUUUGGGAUGAAUGUUGUAGGAAGGCAAGAAGGAUAUUUGGAGCUGCCUAGAAUAAGUUUUUUUUUUUUAUACCAGAUAAUAAGUAUGGUGAUCAUCAUCCUUGACCGUUAGCUCACAUCUCACCCAAAAUAAGGCAUUAGGGCUCAAAGAGCAAAUAGAGAUGGCACUUUGAACAUCUGCAUCAUGUUACUUAUAAAACACAGGUCAUGAAUGGCUUUUAAACUGUGUAUGUAUCAGGUUCUAUAGGAAAAGGGGGGAUUGUGUAAGAACAUAUUAAAGGGAACAGUCUUAAGUAAAUAUUACAACUUGGUGUGCCUUGUUCAUCACAAAGAUUAGUAAUUAUUUUGUUUUUUUAAGAAUGUUUUGAGAUAGUUAUCUUAAAACUCUUUACUUUGCUUAUUCAAUUUCUAAAGUACUUAAAACGUACCAGGCUCCGCAGAGUCAAGUGAACUGUCUCUGCCUUGAAGGAGCUUGCAGUCCAGUGAGAAGGACCAGCAAGUGAAUCAAAGGUCUACUAAAUGGGAAUAAUGACCCGGUGUACAGUCAUUUAGGCCCCCAGCGAUUGCUGAGUGACUGUUCCAGUUUCCCCCAUGUUGAGCCAGAACUUGUUUCAGUUGAACGAAGAUGGCUUUGGUCUCGGUACCAAGUAGCGGGCUCACGUGCAAGAGUGUCCGCACACCUUUUCUGUGAAGGACAGCCAUGUUAGACUCCGUGAGCCAUGCAUUCUCGGUUACAACCGUCGCACUCAACUCUCCUUGAACAGCGUGAAAGCAGCCGCAGACAGGAUGUAAGCACGCGCAGCUAUGUUCCCACAAAAAUUUACAUUUCCUAACUUGAAUGUGUCACAAAACCCAUUUGACUUCCACCUCUCCACCAUUUAAAAAUCCUUUGCUGACAGCCCAUAGUUUACUUGCAACAGAAGGAAAGGGAGGCUUCUUGGUUAAACAAGGCAAUGGCUAAUCUUUGGUCUUCCCAUGUUUGUUUUCUUGGUUUCAUUUAGGAGGAAAGCCUAAUUCAGGCAUUAGUUCUUAUUGGAUAGGUCAAGAUGACCAGAAUCAUUAUUUUCAUCCAAAGCCUUGUCUUCAGUAAUUUAAAAGGCUUCUAAUGCCAGUUUUUAUGCUAAGCAGCACAUGGAAUAUUACAUUCAAAAAGCCCUGUUGGGGGGUGCCUGGGUUGUUCAGUGGGUUAAGCCACUGCCUUUGGCUUGGGUCUUGCUCUCAGGGUCCUGAGACCCUGAGGUCCCUGCAUCAGGCUCUCUGCUCAGCAGGGAGCCUGCUUCCCCUCUCUUUCUCCGCCUGCUGUUCUGCCUACUUGUGAUCUCUCUCCCUCUCUCUGCCAAAUAAAUAAAUAAAAAUCUUUAAAAAAAAAAUGAAGUAGUAACUAGAACAGAAUUUGUACACAAAUGAACGAAUCAAGAAUUAAAAAAUUCUGGGAAAAUGCUUAAUCUCCUUCGUACUCUUCAAGUUCAUUUUAUAUCUAAGAUUUAUUUCUUUCACAAAGAUUAUAAAUGUAAAUUCAUCUGUAUAGUCACAUAUUUUUAUGUAAAAUAAAACCGUACCCUCACAAUUCUACAUGUUCUUAAAACUACUGCUAAAUUCUGUCCUGUUGGUAAGGUUUACUAUUAGGCAGUUCACUAACCCUGUGGGAUAGGAGCAAAGUCCUUGUUCUCAAAUUUUUUUUUUACUGUUAAACACAUCAAUCAAGGUAAGUACAAAAAUAUUUAUUAAAAAAAAUACAGUUGUACUUCGAUGAGUUGAAAGUUCCAGGAGCUUUUCUGUUCCCGUGUCACUAAGCCCUUGAUUUUUCACAUUAAGGGGGGAAAGAAAAAAAGCUAAGCAUGUUAGUUGAAGCACCUUUUUCCCAGUCACGAUCCCAUUAUUGAUCCUCUGCAUAAAAAUUAUGUGAGGAGCCACUGAGUGAUGGACCUCGGCUUUGAGAGGUAUUCUAUGGACUGCUGCCUUGAUGGGAAGUUUCUGUGUUCAUUCAACACCUCUGUGUUACACGGUCUUCCUGUGGGGUGGGGAAAAAGCAGAAAAUACCUUAUUUGCUGCAUGAAUAGGACCAUUCAAGGGUGCAGGGCACAACUACCAUGUUUUAAAACCUAAAUGCAGAUUUCCUUAUGAAUUCUAAAAGCACAGUGAAGAUAGGAAUUUCUAUAAAUCAGUGUUCUGCAUCAAAAAGUCCUUUUCCUGUACCCUACCUGCUUGCUUCUAAAUGAACAACUACAACCAAACACCUCAAGAAAAUGGAGGAAAAGGAAAUUAAGGUAGCCUCCAUAUUAUAUCUUAAUAUUCAUUGGGAGAGAAUUAUGUUCAGUUGCACAGUUGCUGGUGUUUAUUGUGUUUAUGAACAAGUUGACAUAAAAAUGAAAGAUUCUCCUGAUCAGUGCCUAUAAUUAUGAUGGCUUUUCCUCAAAUAUGCAAAUAUAGUUACAACCAUCCUAUCAAGAAGGUACAGUAAAUGUCCUAAUCAAAAGCAUACCUCUGUACAAAUACUUAGUAGGUAAGGUAUGUUAUUUAUAGUCUUGAAAGGCUUUUGGAUUUUAAAGAAAAGAGCCCUUACUUUUGAGAGUUCUUAUUUUGAUGUGUGGUCUCUCAGUUGUAUCAUUUUCUUAAUGAUCGAAAUUCUUUAUGUUUAACUUUGAAAUAAUGUUAGAGGCCAAAAAAACUGUCUUGGCACCCCUUAUUCCCAUUCCUCUUUAGUUUUAAGAAAAGGAAUUCAGGUGCCUGCUCCAAAGUAGGACUAGCUCUCCCUCUCCAACCUCUUAACCUCUCCCAUAGCCAAAGAGUUAUUUUGGAAAAUGAACUGUUUUGAUUUAAAAACCACCAUACUGGGGCACCUGGGUGGCUGAGUGGGUUAAGCCUCUGCCUUCGGCUCGGGUCAUGGUCUGAGGGUCAUGGGAUUGGGCCCUGUGUCGGGCUCUCUGCUCGGUGGGGAGCCUGCUUCCCUCUCUCUCCCUCUGCCUGCCUCUCUGCCUACUUGUGAUCUCUGUCAAAUAAAUAAAUAAAAUCUUAAAAAAAAAAAAAAAAAA